AUUAUAUGAUUAAUAGAAAUAUGCCGUUGUUUUUGAUGGGAUAUGGAAAGGGCUGGAAUGCCAUAUAUAUAGGGAAAUAUGCGCGUGGGAGACCUGCUUAUCAUUAUCGGGAUCUGGAAGGGGAUCUGGAAGGACAUCCUUAUCUAAUUAAACAUUUAUUCAAUGUGUAGAUUGAUUAGAUGUCUAAUCGGCAUUUUAUAAAGAUGCACCUUUUGCACCCAUCUUUGUCACAAAAAGUAGGCGAUAUUUUUGGGAAAAGUUGAUUUUCCGGUUAUUAGUUGUAACUGGUAUUAGCUCUAACUGGUAUUGAUGGUUAUCCGUGACAGAGGGAGACGGUCAACUGCCAGCCGAACAUGAAAAUGAUAAAUAAAAAUAAAAUUUAAAGAAAAAAUAUAAUAAAUAUUUAAUUUUUUAAAUAUUAUUAAUUAAACGGAAUUUUUACCCUUGUGAAUUUUAAUGGAAAAGUUAAUUUGGGAUUGGGUGGCUGGGUCGGAAUACGUCCUUCGGCCUUAAACAUGGUGGUUGCUUGAGGUAGCACGAGAGGACUGGAUUGGCUGCGUCUAUGGAGGCGUGUAAGAGGAAUGGUUCUUGAUGGUGACUACUAGAUAUUACACCCCACAAGCCCACAAAUGAAGUGUUUCUAAGUCAAAAAUAUUCACUUGCAUUAGUAAAAGCUGAUGGAUAUAUUUUCUUCUGGUUAUGUUUGUUCUGACAGAAAAGAAUUUUAGGGUUUCAGAAAGAAUGUAGUGUUGAAUUAAGGAAGAGAGAGAGAGAGGAAGAGGAAGAGGAAGAGGGAGAGGGAGAGGGAUGGGUCAGUGGCGUACAGCAGUGGCAUUUCUUAAACGCAUCUCUCGUGAAGAUCUAUUGAAAGAUUCAAUCUCACCUGCUGGACCUGUACAAGGUAUAGCUUAUAUAAAAGGUCCAAAUCAAUGUUCUCAAUGAAGAAUCAAGAAGAAGGGAGAAAAUGUAAUGAUCUGGGUGCUUGUUGUUGGCCCAUGCUGAUUCUAAAUUUCUUACACAAUAUAUCGACCUGCAAAAGAUUGAAUUGGGGUUGACAGAUUUGCCAUUUCACAAGCUAAAACUGAAUGUAGAAGUUAAAAGUUUCAAAUUUCCAAGGCAAACUAUACAGUGAUGGUUCAUUAUAGCUACCCUCAUAGGUAUCCAAUGCAGUAUUGUUAACCAAGACAUUUCACAUUUUGGCUAUGCAAAAUGUAAAUCCAAGUCAUUUAGCAGAAAGGAAUGGCAAGUAGCUUAUGAUUUUCUGUGUAAAAUGGCAGACAAUAAUGUUCAAAAUGUGACAAGCAACCAAUACUUAGAUAUAAAUUUGAAGUACAUGACAGAAUGUACGUACGACAGGAAGCAUUCAUUUCUAUACACUUUAAAGAGAAAAGGAAGCAUGCUUCAGGAACAGCAAUGGCAGAAAGGGGGUUCUGGAAUUGACUAAUUGCUUUACAUCUUAGUAGUAGAUAACAUGUGAGGUGGACAUAGGACUAAAAACUUCAAAAGAAAAUUAAGCGCAACUUCUGCAUCACAAAUGGCAAAUCUUCCUUCAAAAUCACAUCUCUCUGUAUUCUCUUCUGCUUUUUUUGGGCUCUAUGUAAACAUCGUAAGCCCUUUAUCACUCUUUGUUAGGAUUUUAAGUACAAGGUAUAAGAUUUAUAUCCCAUAUUAAAAAGAAUGAGCAACUAGUGUGGAGUUUAUAUGACUUUGGACUCUCCCAUCUCAAACAUCUCAAUAGCUAGCUUUUGAGAUGUGGUUCUCUUAAGGUUCGUAUAAUUUGGUAUCAGAGUCAUCCCCAUGUCUCCCAGUUACAAUCGUGUGGUGCAGGUGAUGACGCCGACAUUACAGUGUUUACCUGGGACUAGCAGGGAGCUAGCGUAUAGUCAAUCCGUGUGGGCGCUGGGGCUACGGAGUGUGGUGGUUAGAAUCCCAAGUACAAAGUAUGAGAUUUGAAUCCCACAUUAGUGUGACGUUUAUAUGACUUUGGGUUCUCCCAUCUCAAUAACUAGCUUUUGAGAUGUGAUUCUCCUAAGGUUCGUAUCACUCUCCUUCACUGUAUCAUUCUCUUGAUAUCCAUAUCUAAAUAUUGCUAGCUUUUAUAUAUAUAUAUAGAUAUUGUGUCUAGUUUUCAUUACUUCAUUGCAACUAGUGCUAGCUGCUACAUUUGGACAUGGAGACUGUUGCCGUUAUCAUUUGCAUUUUCCUCUUUCUCUCAACUCUUCUCUCGUAUUAUACCUUCCUGAGGAAGAGAAGAAGAGAAGCUAAACAAGCCCCCGAGCUUCCUCCAGGCUCAAUGGGAUGGCCUUACAUUGGGGAAACUCUCCAAAUGUAUUCCCAGGACCCAAAUGUCUUCUUCGCCACAAAAGAAAAAAGAUAUGGCAAGAUAUUUAAAUCAAGCAUACUUGGCUACCCUACUGUUAUGUUAGCAAGUCCUGAAGCCGCAAAAUUUGUGCUUGUGACACAUGCUCACUUGUUCAAGCCAACUUAUCCGAGAGGCAAAGAGAAGAUGAUCGGCCCUUCAGCUCUAUUCUUUCAGCAGGGACGCUACCACACUCACCUGAGGAAGCUUGUUCAAACUUCAUUAGCCCCUGAAACCAUUAAGAAACUGAUUCCUGAUAUAGAAGCCAUAGCCAUUUCUAGCUUGAACUCAUGGGCAGCUGAUAACAAUGGACAAAUCAUCAACACUUACAACGAGAUGAAGAAGUUCUCUUUUGAUGUUGGGAUUCUGUCCAUCUUUGGUCAUUUGGAUGGCAGCCAUAGAGAGAACCUGAAGAAGAACUAUAAUACGGUGAACAAAGGCUACAAUUCUUUUCCCACAAACAUUCCAGGAACUGCUUAUCGCAAAGCUCUCUUGGCAAGGAAGAGGCUGAGUAAGAUUGUGAGUGAGAUAAUCAGUGAAAGAAAGGAGAAAAGUAUGUUAGAGAAGGAUCUUUUGGGUCAUCUUUUGAGCUUCAAAGAUGGAAAGGGCCAAGUUCUAACAGAGGAUCAAAUUGCUGAUAACAUCAUUGGAGUACUAUUUGCAGCUCAGGAUACUACAGCUAGUGUUUUAACAUGGAUUCUUAAGUACCUUCAGGAUAACCAAAAACUUAUGGAAGAUGUGAAGGCAGAGCAAAAGGCAAUAUACAAAUCAAAUACUGCAGGAGGAAAGAAAUCUUUAACAAGGGAAGAUACCAAGAAUAUGCCACUCACAUAUAGAUUGAUAUUGGAAAGUCUGAGGAUGGCAAGCAUAAUAUCUUUUACAUUCAGGGAAGCAGUAGUUGAUGUAGAAUACAAAGGGUACCUCAUCCCAAAGGGUUGGAAAGUUAUGCCACUGUUCAGGAACAUCCAUCACAAUCCAGAAUUCUUUUCAAACCCUAAAAAAUUUGACCCAUCAAGAUUUGAGGUAGCCCCAAAGCCGAGUAGUUUCAUGCCUUUUGGCAAUGGAGCGCACGCCUGCCCUGGCAAUGAACUUGCCAAACUGGAAAUGCUCAUUUUAAUCCACCAUCUUUUCAUCAACUUCAGGUGGGAAGUGGUGAGUUCUCAAAGUGGGAUUCAGUAUGUCCCUUUCCCAGUUCCUCAACAAGGGCUUCCAGCCAGAUUUUGGAAAGAAUCAAACUCAUCAACCUCUUCCAAAUGAGAUUUAUUUUCAGUUUUCUAACUAAACUCUACUAUUGUAAUUGUAGCUUUAAUUCAACUAGCAGUGUAAUAAUGAAGGACUAUUGGGAAACUUUCAUUUUCCCAGAUGUAAUUUUUGUAAGUUCGAUUUUGAUUAAGGACUGAAUAAAGGCAUGAUCGAGGGAAUGGA